CAGGGGAAACGCCGCUUGAGCGCUAACACAUUUAUUUUAUGUUAGACCUUUACUCCGUAGCUCGACUUUAAAAUGGUUAACCUUGAAGGGUAGGAAACCUCAAAGAGUUACCAACAAUCCUAUAUUUUUUUAACCGUGCAUGCUGGUCGUGUUGUCGUCUGAAACGGGGGAUUGCAAACCAAAGUAGCCUAGCGUUACUCAUAUUCAUGCAGAGUAUUUGAAAAGUUGUUUUUUCCCCUUGUCAUUUUACUGGGAUGCACCCCGACGGACAUUGUCUUGGUUAUUUAAAUAUCGUUGCUAGAAUGUCGAUACCUUUGCCAGUUUAGAUGUAGAGAUUCGACGAACAGGACAGAAAUGCCAACAAUGAAGGUGGAAUCACCUAUCACUACAAUCGCAACAUGGCUGCUGCAGAGACGGUAAAGUAAGAAAGUUUAGCCCCUGGCGUAUGAGUUUUUAAUUUAAUUUCUGAACUUUAACUGAAGAGACUCUCUGAUUUUGACAACGGGACUCCGUGGAACAAGGAAACUGUGGAUUAUCUCCAGCAAGUGAGAGCGAUUGUGCCCGCCGUCUUCUGUUAUUUUUCCUCUCACGAAUCAAGCAACUUUUUGCAUUCUUGGUUCUCUGGUGCCUUCUCGCCAAAUUGUUGGGGAAUCUACGUUAAAAGCCAAAAUGCAUUUUUCCAUUCCUGAGACUGAGGUCCGUUCCGGUGAAAAUGGAUCCACGUAUGUGGCCUACAAUAUCCAUGUCAACGGCGUCCUUCACUGUAGAGUUCGCUACAGCCAACUCCUGGGCCUUCAUGAACAAAUUAAGAAGGAAUAUGGGAACAAUGUGGUGCCUGCCUUCCCUCCCAAGAAGAUCUUCACCCUGACGCCCGCAGAGGUGGAGCAGAGGAGGGAGCAGCUGGAGAAGUACAUGCAGGCCGUGAGACAAGACCCUAUGCUAGGAACCAGCGAGAUGUUCAACAGCUUCCUGAGGAAAGCCCAGCAGGAAACACAGCAGAUCCCCACAGAGGAGGUCCAGCUGGAGGUGCACCUGUCCAACGGUCAGAAAGUGCGAGUCAACAUCCUCACGUCUGACCAGACGGAGGACGUUCUGGAGGCGGUGGCGACGAAGCUCGACCUGCCCGACGAGCUGGUGGGAUACUUCAGCCUCUCGCUGGUCCAAGAGUCGGCUGAGGGAGGAUAUACCUUUGUGAGGAAGCUGCAGGAGUUCGAGCUGCCCUACGUGUCGGUCACCAGUCUCCACAGCCCAGACUUCCACAUCGUCCUCCGCAAAAGCUACUGGGACACGGCGUAUGACAACGACGUCAUGGACAACAGAGUGGGCCUGAACUUGUUAUACUCUCAGACGGUGUCGGACAUCGAGCGAGGCUGGAUCCUAGUCAACAAAGACCAGCACAGACAGCUCAAAUCACUGCAGGAGAAAGGCUCAAAGAAAGAGCUGAUCCGACUGGCUCAGACGCUGAAGUACUACGGCUACAUCAAGUUCGACCCGUGCGUGACGGACUUCCCGGAGAAGGGCUGCCACGUGAUCGUGAGCGCGGGCAACAACGAGCUCAACUUCCACGUCAAGCUGCCCAGCGAGCAGAUGAAGGAGGGCAGCUUCAAGGUCACGCGCAUGAGAUGCUGGAGGGUCACGUCAUCGCAGGUUCCGGUGGCGAAUGGAUCGGCUAACCCCUGUAGCUCGGCCAAGUGUGAGGUCAAGCUUGAACUGGCCUUCGAGUACCUGAUGAGCAAAGACCGUCUGCAAUGGGUCACAAUCACCAGUCCACAGGCCAUCAUGAUGAGCAUUUGCCUACAGUCCAUGGUGGACGAGCUGAUGGUGAAGAAAUCUGGUGGUAGCAUCAAAAAGAUGCAGAAGAAACGGCUCAACGGCGCCCUCCAUAGGUCGGACAGCAACCAGGCAGUGAAGUCCCCUCCGUUACUGGAUUCCCCUGACCCGAACCGUGAGCAAGUGGUCAAACUCUCGACUAAGUUGACCUCUGUGUCGCUCCGAGGCAUAACCGCCUCCAGCUCCAACAACGACAUCAGCGGCAACGAUUUCCAUGGCAACUACGCAUUUGAGGGGAUUGGCGAUGACGAUCUGUGACCCCCCCCCCCCCCCCCCCCCUCCCCUCCCUUUGACUGCUCCAGAGAAAAAAAGAGAGAGAAAGAGAGAAAGGGAGCGCUGGACAUGGACAGAAAGACAAAGAGAAACGUCAUGGAGAGAGAGAGAGAGAGAGAGACAGAGAGAGACAGAGAGAGAAAUGGAGAUGCAUGCCAGAGUGGAGCCACCGAUUAUCUUCGAGAGACCAGCAGAGUUGGACAGGCUUGUAGCCCAACGGCCCGCUCUGCCAGGCAUCAGCCCGUCGCUUUUGGCCUGACCAUCCAUCUCUGAAGCAUUUCUUCCCACCCAGCCACCCCCCCCCCCCCCUCCGUGGCUGUACAGCGGUAAACCAUGGCCUAAAUUUAUGUUGAAUCAUUCCAAUGCUGUCAUAUAGCACCAAGCUGUUAUCUCAUCCCAUUCCUAUUGUUUAGGGUCUUUUCCCAGCCUCAGUAGGUUUUCAAGAUCAAAGGUUCUUGCUUGUUCUCAUUAGAGAAAUCCCAUUGGGUGUCUCAACUAGGAUUACUGUAAAGACUUUUUAAAGUGUUUAUCUUAUUUUUAUUUUUUUUUGGUUGUUAUGUUCAUGCUCAAAUAGUCCCUGGAGUUUCUAAAAAGUGCCAAUCAUGUAGGUGUUAUAAGUCGAUUUUUAAAGGAAAAAUUCCCCCAACUUCAAAAGGUAACACCUGUUUUUUUGAGUGAUGGCACUCAUUUCGACUUCUCCAUUUUGAAAUACUUAACAAAUAAAACAGCUGAAUUUAAGACAUCACCCUGCCCUACUUCGAAGGUCAUCGCCCAACGAGUUCUUCCUGAUGUUUAUCAGUUUGAAGGAACUCCUGGGGUUAUGAUUAGUCAAGACACCCCACCACAGUCCCAGAUUGUAGUUGUCACUGCCUGUCCCUCCUCGUCAAACUUAAAGGACAUGGUAUCAUUUAGCAUCUUCCGGUUCAGUAUUUCUUUCACAAAGUAUUUCAUUUACAUUUCAAAAGAAAAUGGAAAAUGAGGAUGAGUAUUUUAAUUAUCAAUGGUUGUUCUGGAUUUCUGCCAUCUGGCUGGAAAUGUGGAGUGUUUAUGGCAAAUGUGUUGAAACGGAAUUGAGCCUAAACAAAAGUUUGGUUGGUGAACCAUAGUAUUUAUAAAACAAUGUAGCACACAGAUCAGAGUAUGAAUAAAUGAAGAUUAAAGGAUCACAUUGAAUUCCCCCCACACCCCACAAUUACAACAUAAGGUCCCCUUUAGUGAGUAUUAGAAUGUAAAGAAUGUAUGCCCAAUCCAGUGUUUGGUGUUGUUGUGAUGGCAGUGUUCAGGAUGUUAGCCUGUUGUUUGCUGAACCUUAGAAGCAGUGUGUGGCUUCUGUGAGUCAGGGGCGGAAGGUGUGGAUACACAUGAGGCAACUUUCUGAGCACUUUUACUGGGCAAUCACAUGACUGAUUCCCUGGUAUUUGAUUGGAUGAUCACGAUAAGCCGCACGCUAAUGAUUAAAGUUCUGCAGAUAAAUGUUUUGCCCAGGGUCAGUAAGAAUGUGCCAGAAUAACAUUGCCAGGCAACACUGCUAAAAAGGUUGCACGGUGUAUCAUUGCCUUCACUCUCUGUUGCUUCUGAUUGCCCAUCAUCUGCAGUUUUAAAGUUGCAAUAUGGGAUAUUUUUUGCUGUUAAGAAAAAUCUAAAAUUCAGAAAAUUCAGAUCAUAAUGAGGACUGUUUUUUUUAUUAUUGAUUUGUUUAUCCUGUGCCUCUUCACUAUCUGUUUUUUUGUUUUGUUUUCUGUCACAUCUUCAAAAAGUUGAAUAUUGAUUUUUGAUCAUUAUAAUUGCAGGCAAAAAAAGAGUAUUUGUUCAAAAAAAAUUUGAGCAGCAAAAAAAAUCUACAUAUUGUACCUUUAUUUGAAGUUUUUUUGUACAAAGGUAUUUUUUAGCUGCCUUAAAAUAGUUCAGAUGCCUUAGUACCCAACUGUUCUCUUCUGAUCCAGUACUGGGCAUGGUGGACUGGCUCUCAACCUCAUCCUCGCCUCUGUGCCAAUGAGAGUCCAUGGCUCAAAAAAUUUGUUUUGGAGAAUUCUGGAAGAAUCUGAUGGGGUUUGUUUGUUUGGCAGAACUGCUUGCACUUGCUGAACCUAUAACAUUGCACAGUAUUAAGAGGGACUAAUAGCUAAUUUAUUGAAUUUGUAAGAGCGUGAAAGAGCGAGAGCGGAAACAAAAACGAACCAUGGACAACUACGUUCGGUAAUAUUUCAAAGGGGGAUACUGAGGAGCUAUCAUCAGAUUUCUUUUUUUCUUUUUUUUUUUGUCGUUGUUGUCAUUGUUGCUGUUAUUCCAACCAAGAUUUUUUAAGGUUUCUCAUAAAUGCCAAAAUUAUAGUUUACUAAAGCAUUUUGCACAAAAGAAGCAUUUAAGAAUCAUGAUAAUGUCACUUUUAUAUAUGUACAUGCAAUUAAGAGUAUUCUGAGCAUUUACUAAUAUCUCUUACUAGUAAUCUAUUGUAAUCAUGUAGACAAAUGUAAUCUAAACUGUGUCAAAUAUUAGAAACUAACAUGUAUCAUUGUUUACAGAAUUGUAGAAUAUCAUAGCAAGAGAGAAGUGUUUACAAAUUCCACAUCUGAUUUCCCCCACCCCCCUUCUUGAUCUGAAUACUAGUUAUGCAUUGUACAUUUCUGUUUUGUUGAGUGUCAUUCCAGGGGUAUUGUUUUAUUUUCUUUUAGAGGGAGAAAAAAAAUCCAUUUUCUAUUAAACGAAAGGAAUUGUUAUUUUCAAAUCAUCUCAGAAGAUUGUGCCGCAACAGUGCUGAUUUCCAUGCCUUGGAGCACAAAUGACCACCUUCUUGUAUUUGUCAAUGGCCAUCAUUGAUGUGACAUAUUUUUCCUGUGUAGCCUUCCUUUGAACACAUGAGAAUGUUGACUGACCUGGAGUGGUUGAGGAAGAGGAUCUGUUUGUCACCUGUCUCGUGUUUUAAAUGUUAAAGGUCCAGGGAAAGGGUCAAGCACCCAUCGGAUAAGCUCACGUCUGGUCGAUUUUGAAACAAAUUCUAGACUGUCAUUUUGAAACAAAUUCUAGAGUAUCAUUGUUCUUUCAUGGAAUUUUUGUAUCCUGUGAUUAUGUUUGUCCCUGAUCUCAGCUGUAUUCACCAGCCUCUGAAUUGUAUAAGGGGGAAAACUGUUUGUACUCAGAGGCACAGAGUAGCCUAUGGCUUGCCUAUCAGUAUGAUUUCAUGGUUUCCUUUAAACUGCCAUAUGAACUGUCGAGCGAAAAAAAAGAUUAAUGGGAACUGCAGAGUGCUGGAACUCCAAUAAAUUUAGGUGCCAAAUAUCACAAA